AUGAACGGUGACACUUACGGUGCCAGAGACACCGGCCGCUCGAGAGAUUAUUAUAGUUCGCGCACUGAUCGAGACGACCGACGAGAUCGUGGUGACCGUGGUGACCGUGGCGAUAGGCGUGAUAGGGAUCGGAGACGAUCUAGAUCGCCACAUCACAACCCUCGAGGCCCGCGUCGCGAACCCGAAUUGGAUUCGUACUCCUCCAGCCGCGAUUACCGUGCUCGAGAGAGGGAAGAUAGAUAUAGUCGGCGCGAUGACAGAGAUUGGGAUAGGGAGAGGGAAAGAGGGGAGAGAAGACGUGACCAUAGGCGGGAUGACGAUGAGGCCGCACGCCCGCCACGACGAGAACGGGAACUAUUUGACGAUAAGCCGCGCCGGGAACGAGGGGCGCAAAGAGAAAAGCGAAGAAGCCAAAGUCCGCCGCAGCGAAAGAAGGAACCCACGCCCGACUUGACAGACGUAAUCCCAAUUUUGGAACGAAAACGCCGCUUGACGCAGUGGGAUAUCAAACCACCAGGCUAUGAGAAUGUUACCGCAGAGCAAGCCAAGUUAUCAGGCAUGUUCCCCCUACCAGGUGCACCUCGACAACAGGCAGUCGACCCCACACGCCUACAAGCAUUCAUGAACCAGCCUGCUGGCAACGCAAAUAGCACGCUCUUGAAGCCGGCGAAUUCACGACAAGCCAAACGACUGUUUGUCUAUAACAUACCUCCCUCUGCCUCCGAAGACUCCAUCACCCAAUUUUUCAACUUGCAGCUCAAUGGCUUGAAUGUAAUCCAGGGCGUGGACCCUUGCGUCUCCGCCCAGCUCUCGACGGAUAAGAGCUUUGCGCUGCUAGAGUUCAAAUCAGCGGCCGACGCGACUGUGGCGUUGGCAUUUGAUGGUAUCUCAAUGGAGCCUGAUGAUGCCAACGCCAACAUGAAUGGGUCGCGUGGUGGUCUUUCGAUCAGGAGACCUAAAGACUACAUUGUUCCAUCUGAAAACGAGGAGGCCAAUCAUCAAGAAGGUGUUGUUUCGAAUGAUGUGCCCGAUUCUCCGAACAAGAUUUGCGUCACGAACAUUCCUUUGUUCAUUCAGGAGGAACAAGUCACGAUGCUCCUGGUAUCUUUUGGCGAGUUGAAGUCGUUUGUUCUUGUUAAGGAUAGUGGAACAGAUGGUUCUCGGGGUAUUGCAUUCUGCGAGUACCUCGACCCGUCCUCCACUAGCAUUGCUGUUGAGGGCUUGAACGGCAUGGAGCUCGGUGACAAGCAUCUUAAGGUGACCAGAGCAAGUAUUGGUGCAACGCAAGCUGCUGGUCUUGAUAUGGGGGUAAACGCCAUGUCAAUGUUUGCGAAGACCACUUCCCAGGAUCUCGAGACUGGCCGAGUAUUGCAACUACUCAACAUGGUCACUGCAGAGGAGCUGAUGGACAAUGAUGACUAUGAGGAAAUUUGCGACGACGUUCAUGAAGAAUGCUCCAAGUACGGCCCGGUGCUGGAGCUCAAGAUUCCAAGACCGAGUGGUGGCAGCCGCCAGUCAGCCGGUGUUGGGAAGAUUUACGUUAAAUUUGACACUUACGACACCGCGCAUAAGGCAAUGAAGGCAUUGGCGGGCCGCAAGUUCCAGGACCGGACUGUUGUGACUACAUUUUUCUCAGAGGAAAAUUUUGACGUUGGCGCUUGGUGA